CGCGCCGCUCUCGGGGGCUCCGGGGCCCAGUUCCCAGGUCCCUCCCCCCUUGGCGCGCACAACCCGCGAGGGCAGCUCGAGCCCCAGAGCCGGCCGGUCUGGCAGCCGGUCCCGAGUACGUGCACAAGCUCCCGGGUCCCAGGCCCGGGACCCCGGAGGCCUGCAUGGAGCCCGAGCGCUGCCUUCCUUAUGGCUCAGGGCCCGGCGCUUACCCGGCGGCGGCCGACAAACCACCGGGACCCUCUCCUCACCUGCACCCCGCUCCGCUCCCUGGCUCUCGGAUUGCUCGCUACGCGACGGCCUGCGGAACCCUGGAGCCCUAUUCCCCGGAGGCGGCCAAGCCCCCCGCCAAGUACCUGCAGGAGCCCGGGCCUGGGCCGACCCUCAACGGCAGGCGCUUUUACGAGGCCCCUGCGGAAGCAGAAGAAAAGGUCUCCAAAGUCGCCAGCUUCCCCCCACUGCCUCUAGACUGUCCAGGAGGCCCCUUGGAGAGCCCCUCAGAGCUGACAGGCUCCCCAGCACCUUGUUUGGCCAGGCUUCGGGGACCUCUAAGCCCCCAGCUCACUGACUCAAUGGAAUUGCCCAAAAGCAAAAACAAGAAACGGAGGAAUCGAACUACAUUCAGCACCUUCCAGCUAGAAGAGUUAGAGAAGGUUUUCCAGAAGACCCAUUACCCUGAUGUGUAUGCAAGAGAACAGCUGGCCCUCAGGACCGACCUGACUGAGGCCCGGGUACAGGUCUGGUUCCAGAACCGAAGAGCCAAGUGGAGGAAACGGGAGCGAUAUGGGAAGAUCCAGGAGGUGAGGAAUCCCUUCACAGCCACCUAUGACAUUUCAGUGCUGCCCAGGACAGACAGCUACCCCCAGCUGCAGAGCAACCUGUGGCCCAGCCCAGGGUCGGGGAGCCCGGGAGGCCCCUGUCUGAUGUCACCAGAGGGGAUUCCAUCCCCAUGCACAUCACCAUACUCCCAUUCCCACAGCAAUGUGGCUGGCUUUAUGGGUGUGCCAGCUUCCCCAGGACCUCCCCCAGGCAUCUACUCCAUCCAUGGAUUCUCCCCAGCUCUAGGAGGCCACAGCUUUGAAACAGCCCCUGAUGGUGACUACAAGUCUCCCAGCCUGGUCUCCCUGAGGAUGAAGCCCAAAGAGCCACCUAGCCUCCUCAACUGGACCACGUGAUCAGGCCACCCCAAGACCGGACUGCCCCCUCCUUGGACUGCCCCAAGGAUCUUCCUCAUCGGAUACAGCCAGUCCUUACUACUAAUCUAACCUUCCCCCUCCCCAUUUACAGGAGAGGAACCAUUUCUGCCUCUAUUCAUUUCCAGACACUAGAGAGAGCACACCACCCACCCCAGUCUGCCACUCCAUGCCCUACAGAGAGGUUCAUGGAGAGAACAGCUGUGCCCACCCCAAAUCUAGCAGCAAACAAACCAGAGCUUCCUCAGCUUCUCCUUCCCUUUCCUUCAGAGGAUGGGGUUUUCCUUCUAUCUCUGAAUUUCAGGAGCAGCCUGGCUUUAUUCUAGACUUCCCUCAUCUCCUUGGAUCUGGAGGAGAUACAGAAAACAGCUCCUCCCUCUUUUUUGAGGCUUUCCAUCUUUUAACCUAUACCCUGCCAGGAGUCCUGGUUCCAGGUAGGGUGGAGCCCCAAGCAGAUAAGAUAAAACUGGGUUGGUGAAUGUUCUAGAAUGUUAAGAAUUUCCUCCAUCCAUAAUGGGAGGUGGGAAUAGAGUAAGAAAAUAUGCAUUGAGGCUAGCACCAUGACCCAUCCAACUUGUGCCAAUGAUAAUUCAUUAAUUCAUAUGCCCUUUACAGCUCUCUGAGGGCUUUCCCAUACCUCCUCCUGAAUGAUCAUCAAACCCACUAGUAAGGAGUAGGGAAGGAGGGAUCAUCAUUGCUAAAAUGAGGAGAGGGCACUCUGUUCAAACAGGUUGAGCUGCUCCAGCACAAAACCUUAAGGCUGGCAGGGACCUUACAGAUGAGGAAAGAAGCCACUUGCCUGUGAUCACCCAGGUAACAAGUCAGGGAUUUGAACCCAGGUCCUCUUUAGAUCUUUUCAUUAUACCACUCUGUUGAGGAUGGGUGUAACCCUUUUCCAACCUCAAAACCUUUCCUCUGUCCAUUCAUAAUCAACAGCAGGAGAAGGGGAAGUAAGGGGGGACCAGUUAAAUGGACUGGGCUGGGGCAGGGGAGGCCACUGAGAUGGUUAUUGACCAAGCUUAAUAGAAGGCUCUUCUAGUUGAUAGAAUGGUAACCACAGCCUAACUUUUUAUGGAUGAAAAGAAGAAUUUCAUGAUGUUGAGCUUUCCUUGGGCACAGUCCAUUCCUUACCCAGACUCUCAAAGCUCUUGGGUUUUGCUCCCUCGAAGAAGAAUGGAUAUGGUAUUUGGGGAGGCUCUUCCUCUGAGCCCUACCCACCAUGCCUGCGCCUCCUUUCCCCAUUAGUCUAUGGAAUCAUCUCUUGGCUCGCCAAGGAACUGAAAUUCCAAAGGAAACCACCAAAUAUGGCCAUUUUGGUGAGUCUUCCCAUGGUGUGAGUCCAGAGCCAUUGCAGAAUUGUGCCAGGCUGUUGCCAUGGAAACACCAAUGGCACCCAGAUUUCCUCUUCCCAAACCCUGAAACCAUUGGUUGGCUCCUCAGUAAAGGAGAGCAGUGACCCAAUUCUUCCAUGUUCUCCCCAUCAGGGGACACCAAAUAAAUGUUGAUUCCUUAUUAUUCUAACCACCCUUAUUUUGUAAAAAUACAUCUGUAAAGAUUUUGUCAUUUGCCAUAAAUAAUAAAGGGCUUUCUUUUUUCCUU